AUGUCGACUGCUAUCGUCAAGCACACUUUCUUAUCGGAGAGCAUUUCCGCCAAUAACGACUCCAAAUACCAUGCAAAAAGCCUUAUGAAAUCAGAACGCAAAAUCCACGAGGUCAGAGACCUGGUAGUUGAAGACACCUUUGCAGUUGGAUCUUCCAUCAAAAGUUAUCCACCUAGUCCACCCGAGUGCAAGCUUUUGACUACACUUUCUCCAUCAGAUCAUUUGGAUCAGCUGUUGGAUAGUUUUAAUCGGUUUUCACGGGACAAUCCCGAGCUUUCACUAGCAGCUAUCCGUGUGGGCCAGGAGGUGCUUCGCUUCAUCGCAAAGCCAGACCGUCAACACGAGUGUGAGGAGUUUUCUGGGGUCUGGCGUGAGGAAUUCGAAGCAAUCGUACGCUUUAUCGAAGACAACCAUAAUUUUGGCUUGAAGCCCAGAUUGUCCUAUAUAGACACCGACAGCACCCUCAUAGUUGAGAUGCCGUCAGCGGUCCACGAAGCUCCACUCAUCGCCUUACACUCUGCUUUCACGUGCUUCUUCGACAAUCUGCCCUUUAAUCGCGCUUCAAUCAAUGCAAAUGUAUUGAGCAACAUCGAGGCAUCCGACUCUCUUGUCCCGGACUUGAGGGUAUCGUUUCAAAAUAUGCAAGACGUUACAGCGGAAGUUGUCAUCCCUAUCAUUGGGGAGACCGCGUUUUCACAACACAUUGACGCCUUAAUGGAGAAAUUCAAGAUGGCGCUUGCCGCUAACCCAUCCUUACUGACGUUGAUCAUGGCUGUCGUGACCGAGAGGGCACGCUACUCUUCACCCGCGAAGAACUCACCUGCGCGGCUCGCAUUCAUGAGAGAUGGGUCGAUUCGCUCGGCCAAGGAUUUCAUCGCUGGGUCAAACGUACUCCCGACCCUUGACGUACCCGUUGUUGUUGAGGGUCACACAUGGUGCUCGGUGGAGUCGGUGGAGUUUGUGGUCUGGGUGAGGGGGGACGAAGCUAUAAACCUUGAGACACGUGAUCCAGCCUUGAUGGCGGAGGGGACUCUAUACCCCGUGGACAAUAUGGACUCAGUCAUGGAUAUGAUUCAGAAAGGAGUGGAGGCCAUGAGGGAACAAAUCAUCUCGAUGGCUAAGGCCAUUGAUCCCGACGUUGAUGUUGUUGCCCUACAGGAUCCCACCAUCAAGUUUCGCAUCAGGAAAGACGACAUCAUCACAAAGAUUGCGGGCGCUAUGCGUGAAACUGCAUACCGCCGCUAUGCCGCGUGGUAUAAGAAGGCAUCCAAAGCUGUCAAGCGGAAAGCUACCUCUGAGCAGCUCCAGAUCAAGUCAGGCCCACCGGCUACCAAUACUCGUGCUAAGACGAAGGCCAAACGGCGUGCAGGUACUUCUCGUAAUGGUUCGGGACCUUCGCGCCGCAGAGGCACUUGA